CGGGGGCGGACCGGGGGGCCUUGCAGGGGGCGGGGCGGUGCUGCCAGCCCCGGGGGCUGUGGGGUUCCCGGUGGCGGCUCUGACAGCGGAGCGGUCCCAGCGGGCGGCGGAGGCAGCACCGACCGCCCCCGGCCCGGCCAUGUCGGAGCCCGCCGCCCCCGCGGCCGGCGACAAAGGGCCCCGGCUCCAGGACCGCGUCCUGGGUGGGGUGCGCUGGGGCCGCCUCCAGGAACCCCUGGGCUUCAUCAAGGUGCUGGAAUGGGCGCUGGGCACCCCCUGCCAGUGGGUUCACCGUGCAGGAUCAGGCCCUGCGUGCAGACACCCCGAAGCCAAAAGGCUCUUCGCCAUCUUUGCCUUCGGGGCCUGCGGCUCCUUCAGCGGCGAGACUGGGGCGACGGUGAAAUGCGGCGGUGAAACCAAAGAGAUGAGCGCCAUUUCCGUCCAGUUCGGGUACCCCUUCAGGUUAUACCAGGUCCCCUUCGAGAUGCCGGACUGCGAGGGCGAGUCGGAAACCCGCACCCUGCACCUCAUCGGUGAUUUCUCUGCUCCUGCUGAAUUUUUUGUGACCCUGGGGGUCUUCUCCUUCCUCUACGCCAUGGCGGCUCUGGUGCUUUACCUGCGCUUUCAUUCCCUCUACGGCGAAAACAAGAAGCUCCCCUUCGCGGAUUUCUGCGUCACCGUCUGCUUCGCCUUCUUCUGGCUGGUGGCGGCGGCGGCGUGGGGCAAGGGGCUCACCGACGUGAAGGCGGCCACGCGGCCCGCCAGCCUCAUCGCCGCCAUGGCGGUCUGCCAGGGCCAGGAGGUGGUCUGUAACGCCGGCACCACGCCGGCCAUGGGGCUGGCCAACAUCUCCGUGCUCUUCGGCUUCAUCAACUUUCUGCUGUGGGCCGGGAACUGCUGGUUCGUGCUGAAGGAGACGUCGUGGCAGGCGCAGGCUGCGCCCCACGACAGUGCCGCCGAGCAGGGUGCCAUCGACAAGCAGUAGCCACCCCGGGGGUCCCACCUGUCCCCCGGGACCUCGCGCCGGCCGCCAGCCCGGGGACGGGGUGUCGCUGGCCCCGGGGUUGGAGCCGCGGGGGCUACGGAUGCUAUGGGGGGGGAUGCGUAAACCCGGGUAGGGGGCAUUAACCGCCGCUGCCUGGCUGUAUAUAGGGGUCUGCGUAAGCCUGGGUGUCCCGUUCUGUAUGGGGGGGCUCUAUGUGUAACCCCGGGGUGUCCACGUCUGUAUGGGGGGCGUAUAAAAGUCCUGGGUACCAGCUCUA